AUGAUGGAGAUAUUAUUUGGAACAGUCAUAAUAAACAGCUGGGUAUUAUACAAUCACGGAAAACCAGUUCAAAUGCCAAAGAAGAAUUUUAUGGAAGCAAUUAUUGAAGCUUUGACUCAGGUGCCGAUAUUAACAGAAACAGCUAAUGAAUGUGCUGCUAUGCCAAAGACGAAUCAUACCUUCGAAACCAAAGGAAUAAAAAAGAAGAAACUGUGCGAGUUGUUACAAUAA